CCACCCCCCAUCAUGCCCCCCAAACAGAAACAGCAGCAAAAAGUCUCCCCCUACCAAGAACGCGUCUACACGCUCCUGCAGCAAAUCCCCCCAGGUCGCAUAACUACCUACGCCGCGCUGUCCAAAGCGCUCGCCAGCUCCCCGCGCGCCGUCGGCGGCGCGCUGAGGAACAAUCCGUUUGCACCCGAUGUGCCGUGUCAUCGGUGUAUUGCUAGUACGGGGUUUAUAGGCGGUUUCAAGGGCGACUGGGAGAAAGCGCCCACUGGGCCGAAUCAGACGUCUAAAGUGCAGUUGCUACGUGAGGAGGGGGUGGUGUUUGAUGAGAGGGGGUAUUUGGUGGAGAGGGAGAGGCUUUGGGAUGGGUUU